UGUACCAUUUCUCUUUCCUCUCUUCUCUUCUCUUCUUCUUGCAGAUAUCAUUUUGUUUUUGUACUACAAAUCCUUUUGCUUUCUCCUUCCUUCCUUCCUUCCUUGUACACAAGUUGAUUCUCUGGGUCCUGUUGUGUCUGGCCUCUAUCAUCUCUAGAGAGACAAAACUAGUUUGAUUUUAUCUUUAAAGAAGAAAAGAUAUGGGUGAACAAGAGAAGCCUGAAGUUCUUGAAGCUGUGUUGAAGGAAGCUGUAGAUUUGGAAAAUAUACCCAUUGAAGAGGUUUUUGAGAAUCUGAGAUGUAGCAGAGAUGGUCUUACUUCUGAAGCAGCUCUACAGAGGCUUGAACUCUUUGGCUACAAUAAACUUGAGGAGAAGAGGGAAAGUAAGUUCUUGAAGUUUCUGGGUUUUAUGUGGAAUCCUUUGUCAUGGGUUAUGGAAGCUGCAGCUAUUAUGGCUAUUGCUUUAGCGAAUGGAGGAGGAAAGCCACCUGAUUGGCAAGAUUUUGUGGGUAUUAUAACCUUGCUUUUGAUUAACUCCACAAUCAGUUUCAUUGAGGAAAACAAUGCCGGAAAUGCUGCUGCUGCUCUUAUGGCUCGUCUCGCACCGAAAGCCAAGGUUCUUCGAAAUAAUCGUUGGAACGAGGAAGAUGCUGCAGUUUUAGUACCAGGGGACAUAAUCAGUAUAAAGCUAGGUGAUAUAGUUCCUGCUGAUUCCCGUCUUCUUGAAGGAGAUCCCUUGAAAAUUGAUCAGUCUGCUUUAACUGGGGAGUCUUUGCCUGUAACUAAAGGCCCCGGAGAUGGUGUUUACUCCGGUUCGACAUGCAAACAGGGAGAACUCGAAGCUAUUGUAAUUGCAACCGGAGUUCAUACUUUCUUUGGAAAGGCUGCUCAUCUUGUGGAUUCUACUAAUCAAGUUGGCCAUUUUCAAAAGGUCUUAACUGCAAUUGGGAACUUCUGUAUUUGUUCUAUCGCGGUUGGGAUGUUAGUAGAGAUAAUCGUGAUGUACCCAAUUCAAGACAGGGAUUAUCGGCCUGGAAUUGACAAUCUUCUCGUUUUGCUUAUUGGUGGAAUCCCAAUUGCUAUGCCAACUGUUCUAUCAGUUACAAUGGCCAUUGGUGCUCAUCGUUUAGCUCAACAGGGAGCUAUUACGAAAAGGAUGACUGCAAUAGAAGAAAUGGCAGGAAUGGAUGUGCUUUGUAGCGACAAGACGGGUACUUUGACACUGAAUAAGCUAACCGUCGACAAGAAUCUUAUUGAGGUUUUUGUGAAGGGAGUAGAUACUGAAAAUGUAGUAUUGAUGGCUGCUCGAGCUUCACGUACAGAGAACCAGGAUGCGAUCGAUGGUGCCAUUGUUGGAAUGCUGGCUGAUCCCAAAGAGGCCAGGGCUGGUAUUCAAGAGGUUCAUUUCCUUCCAUUCAAUCCUACUGAUAAGAGAACUGCGCUGACUUAUAUCGAUGGUGAAGGUAAAAUGCAUAGGGUCAGCAAAGGUGCACCCGAACAGAUUUUAAAUCUUGCCCAUAAUAAGUCGGAAAUAGAGCGAAGAGUCCAUACUAUUAUCGAUAAAUUUGCUGAACGAGGUUUGCGAUCACUUGCUGUUGCUUAUCAGGAAGUUCCAGAGGGAAGGAAAGAUAGCGGAGGAGGGCCAUGGCAGUUUGUUGGUUUGAUGCCACUGUUUGACCCGCCUAGACAUGACAGUGCAGAAACCAUAAGACGGGCUUUGAAUCUUGGAGUAAAUGUGAAAAUGAUAACAGGUGAUCAACUUGCCAUUGCGAAGGAAACAGGGCGUCGUUUGGGAAUGGGAAUCAACAUGUAUCCUUCAUCUGCUUUGCUUGGCCAAAAUAAGGAUGAAUCGAUAGCUUCUUUACCGGUUGAUGAACUUAUAGAAAAAGCGGAUGGAUUUGCUGGUGUCUUUCCUGAGCAUAAAUAUGAGAUAGUGAAGCGAUUGCAAGCGAGUAAACAUAUAUGUGGAAUGACGGGUGAUGGUGUAAAUGAUGCUCCUGCUCUUAAGAAGGCUGAUAUUGGUAUUGCGGUUGAUGAUGCAACAGAUGCAGCUCGAAGUGCUUCUGAUAUUGUUCUAACUGAACCGGGUCUUAGUGUCAUCAUUAGUGCUGUUCUCACCAGUCGAGCGAUUUUUCAAAGGAUGAAGAACUACACCAUAUAUGCUGUUUCGAUCACUAUCCGUAUUGUGCUUGGCUUCAUGCUGCUGGCACUGAUAUGGAAGUUCGACUUUCCGCCUUUUAUGGUUCUUAUUAUCGCGAUCCUUAAUGACGGUACCAUUAUGACAAUCUCGAAGGAUAGGGUGAAACCGUCUCCACUUCCCGAUAGUUGGAAAUUGGCUGAGAUCUUCACUACCGGCGUUGUUCUUGGUAGCUAUUUGGCAAUGAUGACGGUUAUCUUCUUUUGGGCAGCUUACAAAACAGAUUUUUUCCCGCGGAUAUUUGGGGUGCCUACGCUCGAAAAAACUGCUCACGACGAUUACCGAAAGUUAGCUUCGGCGGUGUAUCUUCAAGUGAGCACGAUUAGUCAAGCGCUCAUAUUUGUCACACGGUCUAGAAGCUGGUCGUUUGUUGAACGACCCGGUUUAUUACUUGUGGUUGCUUUUGCGAUCGCUCAAUUGGUGGCGACUUUAAUCGCGGUUUAUGCCAAUUGGGAGUUUACUGCUAUAGAAGGAAUCGGAUGGGGUUGGGCUGGUGUUAUUUGGCUUUAUAACAUCAUUUUCUAUAUUCCACUUGAUAUUCUUAAGUUCUUGAUCCGUUACACUCUUAGUGGAAAGGCUUGGGAUCUUGUUAUUGAAAGAAGGAUUGCAUUCACUAGACAAAAGGAUUUCGGAAAGGAACAGCGAGAGCUUCAAUGGGCUCACGCCCAACGAACCCUUCAUGGGCUCGAAGUGCCCGACCCUAAAAUCUUCACUGAUCAAGGAACUUUCUCCGAGCUUAACCAUUUGGCUGAAGAAGCUAGGAGGAGAGCUGAAAUCGCGAGAUUGAGGGAACUAAAAACUCUAAAGGGUCAUGUGGAAUCUGUGGUGAGAUUGAAGGGUCUCGACAUCGAGACGAUCCAACAGUCAUACACAGUUUGAGAGCCGAUGAAAACGUUUUUUUUGUGUUAAGUUUGUCGUGAAUUAUAACACUUGUCUAGACUUAAAGAUCUUGUUAAACGGUUAAAAUGUCAAUAUCUGCUUGUUUUCUUUUAUC